AUGGAUCUCACCACAACUACUCUCCUGCCCCGAAGCAAUAGUCUUCGUCAGGUUUCUCGUUUUGUAUCAUCAUCAUCGUCCUCUCUAACCGAUCAAUCACACGAACCACGACAUACUCAACAACCAUCUCCUCCUGAAAGUACUUUAGGUAUCUUAACCGAUCCGAUCACAUCCAAAGGUGAGCUUUUGCAACAUCAACAUUCACCACCAUCACUCCGUCAUGGUUCCUCAUCAUUGAAUAGUCACUCUUCAUCGUCUUGUUAUUAUUACGGUGGAAGUGGUGAUGGUAUGAGUGAAUAUUUGUCUUUAUCUUCUUCAUCGUGUUCAUCAUCAUCAUCAUCGUCCUUCUCUUCGGAUUGGUUGUGGAGAUCGUCAUUUCCGUUAUCUCAGGCCUUCGGACCAACAUCAUCAUCAUCAUCAAUCCAUCACCAAUUAUUUCCAUCAUCCUAUCAACAACAAUAUGUACUUCCAACCACAAGUAUUCAUCUUAAUCCAUCCUUGACGAAUUGUAAUUCUAUCAUUUCAAAUAUUGUAGAAUCAUUUCAUUAUUGUAUUAUUAUCGAAUUUGAAUUUUCGUAUCCGCAAACAUGUUUGAGUUUUGAUCGGAACGGUACAAACAGUAGCAGCAGCAAUGGUGGAUUCUCAUCGUGGCUUUUGGGUCUAGACACAAAAGAGGAUUCCAUGAUCAUGCCAUCAUCCUACUUGGGUGUGGCACCAUCAUUUCCGAGUGGUGUCAAAUCGGUGUGCUUUCAUAUUGUCAAGUGUGACGCCACCACGACAACAAAUAAUAGUGCUCUUCGGAAAGCCACUUCGGAACAACAUGGUGACACGACUAAUGAGCACGGAAAAUCGCUCAAUCAUCACGAUGGAAAAUCGAUCAAAAAUCACCACAUGAGCAGCACUUCCACCGCUGCCACAAAUUCCAAUGAUCACAUGAAUGGUAUCUCACCUCACACUCGCACCAGUCAAAAGGGAUUGAUCAUUAAUUUGGAGGAAUAUGAUCCGUCGAGUACAGAAAUUUUACAAUGUGAACACUAUACGCCCUAUCCUGUACAUUUUGUUUCUAAUUUUUGUGAAUUACUCCAAUUGCUUGACGAGAGUAUUGAACGAGAAUCACUCACUCUGUUGCAACAACAACCGAUCCAAUCCGAACAAUUAUCAUCAUCCUCUUCGGCAGACCACAUUCUUACACCAAGCAAAUUACAUUCUUGUUUCCUCUCUCCUGUCCAUCAUUGUUGCUUUUCAACGUCGACGGAACAACAACAACAGAACACCAACAAUAUCAACAACCAGCACUAUCAAUCAACACUUUCCUAUUGCUCCAGUGUCGUCAAUAUUCCUCAACUCAUUCAGGAACUUGCACAACGACAUUGCAUUCAUAUUGACAGUCUCUUUGAACGACCAUUCUUUACAUUAAUUGAGAAUAACCAUUUAUCUUAUCAAACAACAACAUUGUCUACUGCAGCAGUUUCAAAGGAAAACCAUUCAAUCCCCUCCUUCUUUCAAGGCAAUUUCACAAUGAUUAAGAAUUGCGAAAAAAUGGCACAAACCAUCCUCAAGCAAGUACAUCAAAGUGAAGUGGACUCCUCUUCUUGUUCAUCUCACUCGACUACUACUCCUACCACCUCUACUUUAGAAUACCCACAACAAGAAGCCAUGUUUGUUUCAUCGGGGGCAGCAUCCUCUCUAUCAUCCUCAUCAUUGGAAAACCAAACUAGUACUAGUCAUGAACACGACAAGUCGUCGGACAUGAAUGGUAGGGUUAUUGCGCUCAAUCAUAAUGGCGUUGUUGAUGCUUCAAGUGCUCUUACAAGUACUACCAACAGCAGCACCAGCUCCAACAGCAAUAACAACAGCAGCAAUGAACAACAACAACGACCAACGACUAGCUUUAUAUCCAAGCCUCUCUCCAUUCAUUCACCUUCAUUUGAGCCUCCUCCUCAUGUCUUGCAACAAACUAUUCGGCAAGAAAGAGCCCUAUUACAACAAGUCGACUCUCCCCUUACGGACGAAUUUAAGACAAGUGUUGCAAGGCUUAGAGGAUUACCAUGGACUAGUACCAUUCGUGAUAUUGCUGAAUUCUUCUCAGAAUUUAAGCUUGCCAAGAGAGAUCCUUCCCUCAGCAAUUUGGAAGAACAGAUACAAGCAGCGACCGCAGAGUACUCUACAAUGACCUACUAUCCGUCCCAUAUUGAGAGUAGUAUGCAACCACUUGAGCAUUCUGAGAAUAGCCCUAAUAGUUCCACCUCCAUCACAAUGAAACGCCCUAAUAGAUCACAGAAAAGUAAUGCUCAUGCUGGCAACAAUAAUGGUUCAACUCAUUCUAGAGGAGGCAAUGCUUCAGCAGUAUCGAACACUCCUAGUCAAACUUCUCCCACCACCACAAACACUUCUGCUACUCUUCCCUCACCACCAACCUAUGCUGAUGUUUUGAAGGGAAUUUCAGUACCAUCAUCAAGUGCAACCUUCUCCUCUAAUGCUACCUCCUCAUCUGCCACACAUCACUCUUCUUCAUCGCCAUCAACAUUCUCGCAUUCACCAACCACCUCUACUACUCCUCAACAACAAGACUCCUCACCAACCAGUCAUUCACAACAACAACCAUCAAUCCUCACGAUUCGUAACAAUGAAUGGACCUCAAUGGAUUCAUCUUCAACAGCAGCAGUAUUCGACUCGUCAACCACAGGUCAAUCCACACAAGUAGCAGUAAGACAAUACACAUUACCAAUUGAACUUGUUAAGGAAUUGGACAUUCUUCUCAUGCUUAAUUAUUAUGGAAAAUCAACAGGUGAAGCCUAUGUUCGUUUUGAGUCUGAUGAAGAACUUGAGAGAGCAAGAAAGACCAUGGACAAGAAGAAUCUUGGCAAUCGAUACAUUGAGAUUUUCAAGAGCACAGUGGAUGAGAUGGAACAUUCAAGAAAAAGUUCUCGAACGUAA